AUGGACACCAAAAGAGAUUACGAAGCCAGAGAUCCCCAAGCUCUAGUCGAUGAACUGAACGAGCAACUUUUAAUGUGUAAGGUGAUUGCUCGUGUUGGGUUGUGUUUGGUGGGCCUGCUGGCCAUCGUGAUUGUGACUGGAAUAGCCGCGCUUCUCUUGUAUGCGGUUAAGCGUGCACAUGAUUGGAUAUUGGACGACGAUAAUUCGAAAAGAGAGGCGUUGAUUGAUGAGAUUUUGCAGAAAGUCGGGGAGGUUUUUGAGAUGAGAGCACGGCGAGUGGUGUGAUGUUGGAGAGGCAUUGUGCUU